AUGAUAUUUUCUAUCCAAUCCACAUUCGCUAAAAAAUUUGGACUAUUAAAAACAUUACCUCAACAUUUUCAAACUUUGGUCAGUGUUCAACGAUAUAUUCAAAUUCGACAUGAUUCAUCACAAACUCCAUUCAAUGAGGAUGAAAUCCGCAAAUUUGGAAGAAAUUUUCGUAGUGGGGAGAUUUACGCUCCACAUGAUUUGAAUGAAGAAAAUUACAAAGACAAAAAGCCAUUAAGAUUUAGAAAACCACCUCCAAAUGUUGAUGUGUUUAAAAGGUUAAAUCUUAAUCCAUUAGUGGAAUACAAGAACUUUAAUUUAUUAUCAAAUUUUGUUUCGGAUAUGGGAAGAAUUCUUCCACGAAAAAAAACCGGACUGACGGCCAAAAACCAAAGAAAGUUAGCUAAAGCUAUCAAACGUGCUCGCUCAUUUGGUUUAAUACCUUCUACUUAUAGAAGACAAAUUGAAUUAGACUUUUUCCCAGGUUACCGUGGUGGUGGUUUUGAUAAUAGAAGUUGA